AUAAAAAACCGGGCUUUGCACACCGUUGCGUCGUGUCGGGCGCGGUCGCUUAUUCUCGUCCGAGCCGUCAACGUUGUCAUUCAUGCGUGUGUGUUUUUACGGACAUGGAGGCCGAGGACUUGCUGGAGCUGACAGCCGGGGAGGGAGGGGGAAGGAGGAGCGGGCAGCUGCCGCCGCUCAGCCGGGGUUUAUAUCCACUCGAGAGACUUGGAAAAACACGAUAAAGAAAUGCCCUCAGCUUGUCUUGACAGCUGGAUAUCUUCACCGCUAGUGUUGUCGCUUAAGUCUUGAUAGAAUAAAUGUACAUGUGCGAGACGUCCGUUGAGCUGUUGACAUGCGGAAAUCGUUGUCCAGCGGAGAGAGAGAAAUGCCCAGAGAGGCGGUUUAAACUCACCUACACCUGUUCGGAGUGGAGAAAUGCCGCAGAUUCUGUAUCUUAUUAUUUAUCUUCUUACUAUCUGCUGGUCCAUAACGUGAUUGGUGGUUUAUGUUUUGACACCAUGUAUCGUGUGAAAUUCAACCAUUACAGCGUGAUCAAGGAAACAGCCGGGCCUUUUGUGGUGCUAAUUAAUAAUCAGUAUCAAGACAGCUAAUUGAUGUCUGCAUCUGGUACAAUUAAAUGUAUAUAUUUUCCAUCACAGGCGGUUUUACUUUUCCAUAACAUUAUUUGGGGAAAAUAUAGCGUUUUACUUGAAUAUCACCAUCAAUACAUCAUAGCAUAUGAAUAUGCAAAUGUGCAUUUAAUAACUGACCAUUGCGGUGAUACCAGGGUGCUAAUGGCUUGUUAUCAAUACAAUGAUAUCCGUACCCAGCAGCAUUGCUAUCUGUGACAUUUAACAGGCUCUGUGGCGUGACAGGGAUCUUGGGUAAUCGAUAUUAGGCAUAAUAACAACAAUAUUAUGUGAUAUUGUAUGUGGUAAGAGCUGGGUGUUGGGAUGUAAAAACUAUUCAGGAUUGUAUCAGCUUUUGUUUUUCUCUUUAACGCUGUGGGGUGAACAGGGAAACAAACCUUCAAAAAAGGAAUUGCGUUUAUUUAGUUGUUAAAGUAAUUUAGAAAACAGACUCCGUCCAUGAGUGUGAUACUGACAAGUGUUACCCAUCUGUGUUUUCAUUCAGCAAAGACAGAAAGUACAAUUUUAGUAUGUUUCCAGUGUCCGAAUGGAUAUCGAGUGCAUUUUAGAAAGAUGUCACACUAGUUGCACUCAAUAUCUCUGCGUAUUCAUCUACUCACCGUAAAGGAAGUCAGCCUGGUUCAGAUUUUUGUUAAUUGGUGAUGGCCUCGGUGUUUCCCCUGCAGAGUCUGACACAGGCAGCGGUCUCAGCAAGAUGUCGAGCCGAGGAGCAAAGAAGAAGUUGACCAAGACGUCCCGGUCCUCCAAGGCCGGGGUCAUCUUCCCCGUAGGACGCAUGCUGCGCUACAUCAAGAGGGACCUGCCCAAAUAUCGCAUCGGGGUGGGAGCGCCCGUCUACCUGGCUGCUGUCCUCGAGUACCUCACCGCUGAGAUCUUGGAGUUGGCAGGUAAUGCAGCCAGAGACAACAAGAAGGGUCGCAUCACACCACGACACAUCCUGCUGGCCAUCGCCAACGAUGAGGAGCUGAACCAGUUGCUGAAAGGUGUGACCAUCGCAGCGGGUGGAGUCUUGCCCAACAUCCAUCCGGAGCUGCUGGCUAAGAAGAGAGGAAUAAAGGGAAAGCUGGAGAUGCCCAUGUCACCCGCACCCGAGAAAAAACCCAAGCCGGUCAAGAAAUCGGCGAGCAAGAAAAUGGGUCGGAAAAAGAGGGGCGCGAAGGCUAAGAAGCAGGGCGAGGUGAGCAAGGCGGCGUCGGCGGACAGCACCACAGAGGGAUCUCCAGUCGACAGCUUCACCGUGCUCUCCACCAAGAGCCUCUUCCUGGGUCAGAAGUUGAAAGUUGUCCAAGCCGACCUUUCCAUCGUGGAUAGCGAAGCUGUCGUUCACCCGACCAACUCCUCCCUCUAUACAGGUGGUGAAGUAGGCUCUGCUCUGGAGAAGAAGGGAGGGAAGGAGUUCACCGAAGCGCUGUCGGAGCUGAAGAAGAAAAACGGCCCUCUGGAGGUGGCUGGCGCCGUGUUGACCGCCGGCUUCGGCCUGCCUGCCAAGUACGUCAUCCACUGUAACAGUCCAGGCUGGGGCUCCGACAAGUGUGAGGAGAUGCUGGACAAGACGGUGAAGAACUGCCUGGCUCUGGCAGAUGAGAAGAAACUCAAGUCUGUGGCUUUCCCCUCCAUCGGCAGCGGGAGGAACGGUUUCCCGAAGCAGACGGCGGCCCAGCUGAUCCUUAAGGCCAUCUCCACCUACUUUGUGGCCACCAUGUCUUCCACCAUCAAGACCGUCUACUUCGUGCUGUUUGACAGCGAGAGCAUCGGCAUCUACGUGCAGGAAAUGGCCAAGCUGGAGACGAGCUAAAAGAGUUCGGAGUAUUCGCCUCCCAAUGUUAUUUUAAUUCUUUUUUUGCAUUACGUUUGUAUUUUUUCCUAUAUUGUUUUUAAUUUCUCAUUUACUUGUCACCUCUGGCGUUUAAAUGUAAAAGUGCACUGCUCAUUCUACGGUCUUUUAAUACAAGCAGUGCUCUACGAAACGGAUUCAACAAGUGAAAGGACUCACUUUAAGAUUUACUCUUUU